GUCCAUGGAGGAAAGCCCAGCUGAGCGGCGCUCAGCGCUGAUGCGGGAGAAGGGCCGGCGCCAGGCUGUGCGGGGUCCUGCCUUCAUGUUCCAUGAGCGCGGCACUAGCCUCACAGCCGAGGAAGAGCGAUUCCUGGAUGCAGCCGAGUAUGGCAACAUUCCGGUGGUGCGCAAGAUGCUGGAGGACUCGCGGUCCCUCAACGUCAACUGCGUGGACUACAUGGGCCAGAACGCGCUGCAACUGGCGGUGGGCAACGAGCACCUGGAGGUCACGGAGCUGCUGCUCAAGAAGGAGAACCUGGCGCGCAUCGGCGAUGCGUUGCUGCUGGCCAUCAGCAAGGGCUACGUCCGCAUCGUGGAGGCCAUCCUCAACCACCCCGGCUUUGCGGCCAGCGGCCGCCUGACGCUGAGCCCCUGCGAGCAGGAGUUGCAGGACGACGACUUCUAUGCUUACGACGAGGACGGCACGCGCUUCUCACCCGACAUCACACCCAUCAUCCUGGCUGCGCACUGCCACAAGUACGAGGUGGUGCACAUGCUGCUGCUCCGGGGAGCGCGCAUCGAGCGGCCCCACGACUACUUCUGCAAGUGCGGGGAAUGUGCUGACCGUCAGCGGCUCGACGCCUUCAGCCAUUCGCGCUCCAGGAUCAACGCCUACAAGGGACUGGCCAGUCCUGCCUACCUGUCUCUGUCCAGCGAGGACCCCGUGCUCACCGCCCUGGAGCUCAGCAACGAGCUGGCCAAGCUGGCCAACAUCGAGAAGGAGUUCAAGAACGACUACCGGAAACUCUCCAUGCAGUGCAAAGACUUCGUGGUGGGUGUGCUGGACCUGUGCCGGGACUCUGAAGAGGUAGAAGCAAUUCUCAAUGGGGACCUGGACUCAGUGGAGCCUCUGGAGCUGCACAGGCACAAAGUCUCCCUCAGUCGUGUCAAGUUGGCCAUUAAGUAUGAAGUCAAGAAGUUUGUGGCCCACCCCAACUGCCAGCAGCAGCUCCUGACCAUCUGGUAUGAGAACCUCUCCGGCCUGCGGGAACAGACGGUGGCCAUCAAGUGUCUGGUGGUGCUGGUCGUGGCACUGGGACUCCCAUUCCUGGCCAUUGGCUACUGGGUCGCCCCAUGCAGCAGGCUGGGGAAGAUUCUGCGCAGCCCCUUCAUGAAGUUUGUGGCUCAUGCUGCAUCCUUCAUCAUCUUCCUGGGCCUGCUGGUGUUCAACGCCUCUGACAGAUUUGAGGGCAUCACCACAUUGCCCAAUAUGACUGUCGUGGAUUACCCCAAACAGAUUUUCAGGGUGAAAACCACCCAGUUCACGUGGACAGAAAUGCUCAUCAUGGUCUGGGUUCUGGGAAUGAUGUGGUCUGAGUGCAAGGAGCUGUGGCUGGAAGGUCCCCGUGAGUAUAUCCUGCAACUGUGGAAUGUACUGGACUUCGGGAUGCUCUCCAUCUUCAUCGCUGCCUUCACGGCCAGGUUCCUUGCUUUCCUUCAGGCCACCAAGGCACAGCAGUAUGUGGACAGCUUUGUCCAGGAGAGUGACCUCAGUGAAGUUACACUCCCACCAGAAAUCCAGUAUUUCACAUACGCCAGAGAUAAGUGGCUGCCCUCUGACCCUCAGAUCAUAUCUGAAGGCCUCUAUGCCAUCGCCGUUGUGCUAAGCUUCUCUCGGAUUGCCUAUAUUCUCCCUGCCAAUGAGAGCUUCGGGCCCUUACAGAUCUCUCUCGGAAGAACCGUGAAGGAUAUAUUCAAGUUCAUGGUCCUCUUCAUCAUGGUGUUUCUUGCCUUUAUGAUCGGCAUGUUCAUCCUUUAUUCUUACUACCUUGGGGCUAAAGUUAAUGCUGCUUUUACCACUGUAGAAGAAAGUUUCAAGACACUGUUUUGGUCCAUAUUUGGCUUGUCUGAAGUUACGUCCGUCGUGCUCAAAUAUGACCACAAGUUCAUUGAGAACAUUGGUUAUGUCCUUUAUGGCAUCUACAACGUCACCAUGGUGGUGGUGCUGCUCAACAUGCUCAUCGCCAUGAUCAACAGCUCCUACCAGGAGAUCGAGGAUGACAGUGAUGUGGAAUGGAAGUUUGCACGCUCCAAACUCUGGCUGUCUUAUUUUGAUGAUGGAAAGACAUUACCUCCACCCUUCAGUCUAGUUCCUAGUCCAAAGUCAUUUGUUUAUUUUGUCAUGCGGAUCAUUAACUUCUCCAAAUGCAGAAGGAGAAGGUUCCAGAAGGAUAUAGAAAUAGGAAUGGGCAACUCAAAGUCUAGGUUAAAUCUUGUCACUCAGUCUAACUCGAGAGUUUUUGAAUCACACAGUUUUAACAGCAUUCUCAACCAGCCAACACGUUAUCAGCAAAUAAUGAAAAGACUUAUAAAGCGAUAUGUUUUGAAAGCACAAGUGGACAAAGAAAAUGAUGAAGUUAAUGAAGGUGAAUUAAAAGAAAUCAAGCAAGAUAUCUCCAGCCUUCGUUAUGAACUUUUGGAGGACAAGAAUCAGGCUACUGAAGAAUUAGCUGUUCUAAUUCACAAACUCAGUGAGAAGCUCAAUCCUAGCGUGCUGAGAGGUGAAUGACUCCCAACCUGGGACUAUGGCUCUGACUGUAGCACAACUGUGGGCAAUAAUAUCCCUAAGUAUAUAAUACUUGAAAAAUUAUAAUAUUUGUUGAAUAUUAACUACCCUGUUUAUGUGAGUCUUGAAAAGUUAGGUCUUAAUGAUUUUACUGUUUGCUCACAUGAAAACGAUCAUUUUUUUUUUCUGCCUUCACAUUAUGAACAAUAACAUGCCCUGUGUUUAAAGGCCCAGCAUUGCUGGCAUCUUGGUCUAUUGUAGAACAAAUGCUGAGUCUCUGGCACAUUAUUUGCCUCCAGGAGACUUGUCAGCACCUUGAGAGCAGGGGUCAUGUCUUACCCCAUUUAUGUGUUCAGCAUCUAGUGCAGUACCUGGUACACAGUUGGUAGUCAAACGUUGUUGAGACUAACUGAAUUGCCAACCAAGCCCAUCACUCUGUAACUUAUUUGUCCUUGUCUAAAUAUGCAAGACACAUUUUUUAGUAGAAACUGAAGAAAUUUUCCAUCCAACUAAGACUUGGUGAGAUUUUCUUAGAAUUUUUAGCAGCACCGAUACUCUUAGAACCUUUCAGCUCUCAUGGACAAUGUUAACAAUGAAAUGGGCUAAUAGACCAUACAAUAAACAUUCAUACUUAAGUUUUAUGGAAUUGUUCAAAACAGCACAUUAAAAUUUUCUUAAAGUAUAUACUGUUUGUGUUCUGUCUAGAUAUUCAUUCAUGGGUUGUUUUCUACUAGUCAGUGGCAUGGGGAAAUUUCCUUGAGUUAUGAAAUUUUCAGGGUUGGGUAUUUGAGAUUAUUCCAACUGCAUCUGCCAUGGAUGCCUUUGAUUAGUGCCAAUGAAUAUAUCAACACGUACCCAUUAGCCUCAUUCUGAAAGUCGGAGGACAUGGUGCUCGGGAAGAAAUGGAAGAGUGAGCUGUGCAUAUAGCUCAGCGGGAAAGCACAAGUCUCUCAUGUGUGAGACUGUGGACCGGAAUCCCAGCAUCACCAACUUAAGAGAGGAGAAAAGAAAUCUACCUGGGAGAAUAUGUGCCAGCAUCACCAGGCAUGACUCAUUUCUCUUUGAGGUCUCCUUGCCAUCUCUGCUUAUAAGACUACAUCCUUUUCUUAUCAAAGCAUUUUCAGUGAUCUACUGAGGAUAGAUCAUGAUGCGUCUCUUUUUGACUUGAUAUAUGACUGAGCUGAAUGCCAGGAAUACACAAUGCCUAAAGGCUUUAAGAUGAAGGCAGUAAGAGGUCUGGAAAUUGCCUCUUCUCACAGGCCAUGAACACGCCCCAGGUUCUAACCAGCUUGGAGUCAUGGUUAACAUCCUGGUGCUCCUCUUGAUCCCAGAAUCCAACUAAGCAUAUGAUACUUCAAAGAUCAUUGUGCUAUCUUACAGAAAGCUUUCUGGACAUGGAGACAAAAAUAAACAU